GCUUCAGUGAUCGCAAAUCUGAUCCAAGUCGUCUGCAUUCGUAUUCGCAGUUAUGGACGCCCAGCUGAAGGAGCUCCUGCCCUUCCUGCACGACCGCAACCCUCAAGUUCGCCAAAUUGCGCUCUCCAACUUGCUAGGCCAAAGCGCCAAAGAUGCGCCGUACCGCAAGAUUUUUCUCGAGGGUGUAUCCUCGGGCGGUCUCAAGAAAGGCCAGGACACCGAUGUGAUCCGCGACCUCAAGCUGCUAUGUCGAGACCAGCUGGCCACGGCGCACGAUGCGUUUCGCGCACUCGUCAACCUCUCAGACUCAGCAUUGCUGGUGCCAUCGUUAUCAGAACAUGACUUCUUGGCCUUCAUCGUCUCGUAUAUCGUCCACCCCCAAGCUACGCUCGCUGACCUGGCAUCGAUGCUCCUCUCGAACUUGACUGCAUCCGGCCCUGUCUGCGCGACCUUGCUCUCGCUCAAGAUCCCGAUCAUCCCGACGAAGGGUUCGUCUGCCGUUGGCAUUCCCUUCUACCCCACCCUUUCGAGGUGCGGAUCGUGCGCCGCGCCGGUUCCGUAUCCAGCGGACGCACCGGAAGAGGUGCUAGCGCUUCCACUUCUGAUCGAUGCGUUCGUUGCUGCCGCCGCAGCCGCGACCAAAUCGGCCGAUGACUCCAACAGCCGGACGCGGAAGGCCGAUCUCCACUUCUUAGCCAGUGUGUUUGCCAAUAUCAGCAUCGUCCCUGCUGGACGGACGUUUUUCCUUACUCCCAUUCGAUAUCAGUUUGCCGCCUCCAACAUAUCGGACGGGCCGGAGUACCCUCUAAGCAAGCUCGUGGCCUUCACCGAGCAUACUGACAUCAUCCGACGCGGAGGUACUGCAUCGUUGAUCAAAAAUUGUGCAUUUUACCAACCUGGUCACCGCGCGAUGCUCAGCGAACAAACGACGCUCGUCACCGUGCCACCAUCGACAGUGGAGGCUCCGGGGGUCGACGCUCUAGCGUACAUCUUGCUGCCACUCGCCGGCCCUGAGGAACUCGACUUGGAUGAACAAGAGCUCUUGCCGGAAGCGCUUCAGUUCCUCCCUGAAUCAAAAAAGCGCGAACCUGAUCCGGCUAUCCGCUUGAUCCACGUUGAGACGUUACUGCUCUUAUGCACGACACGCUAUGGACGAGACAAGCUCAGAAGCACAGGCACGUACCAGAUUGUUCGUCUACUACACGAAAACGAAACGGUAGACAAGGUUUCUGAACAUGUCGAACGCCUCGUCCGCCUUCUCAAGGGAGACGAAGGUCAUGAGAAUGCAAUCGACGGCGACGGCGUCCCACCAGGUGAAACGGACGACGCCGAUAAUCGGAUAGAAGAGAUAUAGACAGCAUGUAUACAGUAAUGAUUAGCGAAGCAUUAUGACGCCUUCAGGCGCAGCUUGGUGGCAUAAACCGAAGUGCAUUAAUGUCAGACCUCGGGAGAGGACCUGCCAGU